AUGCGUUUCUCUUUGCUGACAGUCCUCUCCGCGGGCGCUGCUAUCGGGCAUGCCCUUCCCAGGAACCUGAAAGCCAGAGAAGUCUCUACCGACGAGUUGUCCCAGUUCAAGUUCUGGGCCCAGUAUGCAGCAGCCUCUUACUGCAAUGAAAACUACGCCUCCAAGCCUGGUCACAAGAUUACCUGCAGCGCUGGUAACUGCCCCCAGGUGGAGCAGGCCGACACCAGUAUCGUCUAUGACUUUUCCAACACUACCUCGACCGAUACUGCCGGCUACCUCGCGCUCGACAACACCAACAAUGCCAUCGUUUUGGCCUUUCGUGGCUCCUACUCCGUUCGCAACUGGAUCUCCGACGUCGAAUUCUUCUAUACCGACCCAAAGCUCUGUGACGGCUGCUCCGCUGAGUUGGGGUUCUGGAGCUCCUGGACCAACGUCCGCGACUCCAUCUCUGGCGUCCUGAACGAUACCGUCGCCCAGCACUCUGAUUAUGACCUGGUCAUCGUCGGCCACAGUCUCGGUGCCGGCGUCGCUACCCUCGCCGCCGCCGACCUCCGUGGUAAAGGUUACCCCUCCGCUAAAUUAUACGCGUAUGCCUCGCCUCGCGUGGCCAACCCUGCCCUGGCCAAGUACAUCACUGCCCAGCCGAACAACUACCGCUUUACGCACAUCAACGACCCGGUCCCUAAGCUGCCUCUCAUUGCGAUGGGAUAUGUCCACGUCAGCCCGGAGUACUACAUCACUUCGCCCAACAAUGCUACUGUUUCGGCGAGUGAUAUCAAGGUCUUGGAAGGCGAUAUCAACUGGAACGGCAACACUGGCACUGGUGUGCCUGGACUUGGCGACUUCCCUGCCCACCAUUGGUACUUUGAGGAGACUGAUGGCUGCAAGGGUCCCGGUCUGCCUUUCCGGGUUUAA